CAUAUGUAGUAGAAGGAUACAUAAAACUAUAAAUUAGUUUCAUGUACGAGUACAACCAGUAUAUAUAUCGAGACAUUCAGCAUUUUUCUUUAGUUAGCCCAAUACAUUCCAUUUCGUUACAGAUCAUCUUUUCAGAAAAAUAACCAAAGGCUAGGUCCUGGCGUGCUCUCGCUUGCUCAUCUUCUUCUUAGGACAAUCCAAUACUAAGCCAGUCAAGUAGUCGAUUUCAAUGUACAUUGUUUUCUGUAUUAUUGAUCAAUUUUGACGAACCAGAAAAAAGAAGUGCUAUGGCGGAGUAUAUCAACAACUUGAUACAAUUGCAAAAAUGGGUCAAUUUGUUCGCCGGCUAUAUAUUGUGGCUAAUGAUGGUAUACUUAACCGAUGUAUGGGAGCUUGAAUUAAUUCAUGCGGCCGCGAUUAUUAAUAUAUGGAUGGGGUUGAGCAAAGUCUUGCCCAUUGUCUUUGCUCAUCUUGCUGAUUCUUUCCUCGGAAACUUUUUCGUCGUCCUCUUUAGCAGCUUUUCCUCCAUGAUUGGACUUGGUCUAAUAUGGAUGUCAACGCCACCUGUGUUGGGCAAGUCAAACGGAAAUUGCACCCAAUACAAGCCUGAAUGCAUCGGCGAGCAGCAGAAACAACUCUUAUACGCGGGGCUGGCCUUUACUGCAGUGGGAAUCGCGGCUCAUACUGCUAGCUAUGCACCCUAUUCACGGGAGCAUUUAGAGGUGAUUGAUGAUAGUUGUGAUUGUGAAUGUGUGUGUUGUUGUGUGGGUUGUCGCACUCACUUGGUUGCUCUAGCCGCGCUCCUAGUAGCUGCUUUUGUCAAGCCAUGGGCUACCUUAUUUGGGAUAUGCGCCAUACUUGGUGUGGUUUCUUUUCUUGCUUGCUUGAUUUUGAGGGUUACCAAAGGGUGCAAUGAUAAUAACCCUGUUCUUAGGCCACAAGGGAGCCCCCUGACUACAAUUUUUCGGGUUUUUUUUGCUGCUUCCUCUAAGAGCUUCUGUCGAAGACCUCAUGAUGCGAACGAGCUAUAUGAAAAACCUGACCCUAACCAAGAAUUAUUGCCCCAUUCGAAGAGCCUUAGUGGUCUUGAUAAGGCAGCUGUAAUCAAAGCAGAGCCAGCAUUAGAGCAACAAGAACAAAAAAGAUGGAGCCUUUGCAAAGUAACAGAAGUUGAGGAAACCAAGAUAUUUAUACGCACAAUUCCCAUUUGGAUGACCUUCAUUGUUUGCGGUGUUGUAUCAUCCUUGGGGGCUACCUACUUUCUCGAGCAAGCGAAAUGCUUAGAUCCUAGAGUAGGGAAAGCAAAGGCCCCUCUUAUACUCUUCUUGUGGUUUUAUGACCAGUUUCGAAGAAGCUUUACCACUAGCUUCCUUGGGACAUUUGCCUUAAGCGGCCGUUAUGCACCUAGGAUUGGAAUCGUAGUUGCAAUGAUGUACGCUACACUUUCUUGCAUCGCAGCAGCGAAGGUUGAGACAAGAAGGCUCGGAGUUGUCAAGAAUCAUGACUUAAUUGAUAAGCCAGACGAAAGAGUACCUAUGACUAUAUUUUGGCUCUUGCCACAAUUCGUGUUACUUGGUGGCCUUGAUGGCAUUCAAAGGCUAUGUGCUUAUAGCUUUUCCGUCGAUCAAGCUCCUAGCUCCAUGAUUAAGUACUUCAAUCUUUUCGCAAGGGGGUUCUUCGGACUUGGGGUCAUGGGAAGUGUUGUUUCAGUUUACAUUGUGGGGAUGAUUAGCGAGGCAAAAACAGGAACAAAUUGGUUUCAAAACACAUUGAACACAAGCCGAUUGGACAACUAUUAUUGGGUGUUAGCUACAUUAGCCGCGGUAAAUCUUGUUGUCUAUAUUUUGGUGGCAUGCUUAUUUCGCUAUAGGGAAUCCAGAUUAGAGCAGAUGGUGCAAGGAGCAUUCAACUUCAUGGAUGAUGAUUUUUGAUCGACUUGUUGCAUUAUGCAUUUGAUCAUUUACAAUAUGUCAUGUUGUUUAUUGUUGUGUUAGUGUUUUAAACCAUCUAGCUUGGAUUGUAUUCUCAAUCUUCUCUAUGGAUGUUAUAACUCCUCGACCCCCUUCCCAAUUUGAAAUUUUAUACAACUUGUUCGAUCUAUUUGAAAUGAUAAGUUGCGAUCACAUUGUCUUAAUGACUUAUAAAUUAAAAUUUCACUUGAUAAAAGGAAAUUAAUCAUCGGAGUAUUAUAGUUGUGAUAUUUUUAUCAUUUGCCCGGGCACAUGUUUUCUGUAAUAUAUCGAGAAUUCAAAAUCAUUAGUAAAUGCAACUUACCAAUGAAGUCCACCCUAAGAAAAAAAAAUACGAAGUACAAAAAGGAAAAUGUUAUAUCGGAAAAAUCAAAUUAUAUUUCAUAUAUAG